CGCACGAGGAUGUGGUUGUUGUAGUGGACGAGGUGUAGCAGUGAAUGCACCAGGUCCAGGAAUGUAAAGCGGAAGCCCACCAUUGGGAAAUGGUGGGCGUCCACAAUUCCGUCCCCGGCGGCCUCCGGCUCUUCCGCCCCGUCCUCGUCCUCGUCUGCCGGCCCGAAGUCCGAGUCCUCGCCAGCCUCGAAGGCGUUCCCGCCCUCGGGGCCCACCGCCUCCUCCCCGAGGCCUUCCGGAGGCGCGGCCAAAACGGCAGCCUCGGCAGGGUGGGGCCCGGAGUCCCCGGCCGCUCCGUCUCCGCCGCCGGCCGCUCCGUCUCCGCCAUCGGCCGCUCCGUCCCCGCCGCCGGCCGCUCCGUCUCCACCGCCGGCCACUCCGUUGCCCAUGGCCAUCAUGUCUCCACCACCGGCCACUCCGUCUCCAGCCACUCCGUCUCCGCCAUCGGCCGCUCUGUCUCCGCCACCGGCUGCUCCGUCUCCUCCAUCGGCCGCUCCGUCUCCACCACCGGCCACUCCGUUUCCAGCCACUCGGUCUCCGCCAUCGGCCGCUGCGUCUCCUCCAUCGGCCGCUCCGUCUCCGCCGCCGGCCGCUCCGUCUCCGCCGCCGGCCUCUCUGUCGCCCAUGGCCAUCAUGUCUCCACCACCGGCCACUCCGUCUCCAGCCGCUCCGUCUCCGCCUCCGGCCACUCCGCCUCCGGCCACUCUGUUGCCCAUGGCCACCACGUCUCCGCCUCCGGCCCCUCCGUCUCCGUCUCCGCCUCCGGCCCCUCCGUCUCCGUCUCCGCCUCCGGCCCCUCCGUCUCCACCUCUGGCCACCUCGUCUCCACCGGCCACUCCUGCUCCGACCACCCAGUCUCCGCCGGCCACUUCGUUUCCGGCCACCCCGUCUCCGCCGGCCUCUCCAUCUCCGGCCCCCCAGUUUCCGCCGGCCGCCCAUCUCCAUCUCCGGCCACCCAUGCUCCGCCGGCCACUCCACCCCCACCCACCCGAUCCCCGCCGGCCACUCUGUCCUCGUCUCCGGCCUCCCAGUCUCCAUCUCCGGCCACCCAUGCUCCGCCGGCCACUCCUCCUCCGCCCACCCGAUCUCCGCCGGCCACUCUGUCUUCGUCUUCGGCCUCCCAGCCUCCAUCUCCGCCCACCCGAUCUCCGCCGGCCACUCUGUCCUCGUCUCCGGCCUCCCAGUCUCCAUCUCCGGCCACUGCCUCUCCGUCUCCAGCCACCCGUUCUCUGUCUCCGGCCACCCCGUCGCCACCGACCGCUUCGUCUCCGGCCAUCCCAUCGCCACCAGCCACUCCGUCUCCAGUGGCCACCCCAUCGCCCCUGGCUACUCCAUCCCUGCCGGCCCCCGCCUCGCCGCCGGCCACCUCGUUGCCCCCUCCGGCCGCCGGGGCCCCCGCCUCAUCCUCAUCCAUGGGGCUCUCCUGGCCACCCGGGGCCUGGCCUCCAUCUCCGGAGGCGGACAUGGCACCAGGGAGUACCUCACCGGGGAGGCGACAGACAGGGCUGCGGCGACGCCGGAGGCGAAGGUGGCGGCCGCCUAGCCCGCUGCCGCCGACGGGAGGCCGAGGGCAACGGGGCCCGGCGUGAGGUGGCCGCCGAGGGGGACAGCAGUCGGUGGCGGUGCCCGAGGAGGCCCCGGACGGGAAGGGCAGGGGGCGGUUGUGGGGAGCGGCCCACCCAGGCCUCCCCUCGGGCGACGCUGGCCACGGCCG